AGCAACACUAACCUUAUCAUCGGCUCUCAGCUGAAUGUGUAAUGUAUUAUCGUGAUUUUGUGAAUGCAUAGUUAUUUUGUGUUUAUUUUUAAACCAACGCAAUUUUCUAGACAAAAUGGCAACAGGCGUACAACCUCGUGACGAGGAAAUCCAAUUUACCCGGUCUGAUCUUGAAAAUAUUCAAGACGCCAUGAAGAAUAAGAAAUUUCGAGAAAUGCUGGCGGAGUACGCUGAAGAAGUACGUGACCCGGCGAAUCAAGCGCUCUACCAGAAAGAAAUGACCCAGCUAGAGAAAGAGCGUGGUUAUGAUGUAACCUUUAUCAAUCCGAAGGGCGGAUAUGUUAUCAAAACAAGCGUCGCUGGCGACCGGAAAGCGUUCGUUAAUAUAUGUAGCAACGAUAAUGUCCGCAAACCGUCCUGCAGCGUUCAAGAGGUUGACAACCAGAGAGGUAUGAAUUGGCAAAUACCAUACACCAUAAUUCCUCCGAGGGAAGAUUAUGAUCAUAAAAAACAAAGAUGUGUCAUUUACGAUGUAGUUUUUCACCCUGACACAUUGCGCAUGGCAGAGGUUAACAAAAGGUUCCGUGAACUAGUUAACAAAACUGCUUUAGAUGGCUUGAUGAAAACAUACAACAUUCACUUAGACAACAACAAUUUACGUUUUCCUAAGUCAUCAUAUAAGGGGAUGACUACUCCAGCUAUUAUUCGGAAAGAGGAUCCAGAUUUUAAGGGUAUUCCUUUAGAUGAUGAAGAAGGAGGGGAACCCUUAUCUCCUGAGGUAUUGGAGAAGUUAUAUCCACAGCGCACAUUUCCAACAGCACCUACUAAAUCAGAAGAUAUUAAAAAAGUCAGUAAGUCUAAACCUAAAACUACAUCUAAAAAAGAAUUUACUCAUGAAACAAUCAAUGGAUACACUAUACCAAAGUACGUUAUCAAACAACAAAAGAAUGUUGACAUGCAAGAAUUCACUUAUGACAAAAACAGUAAACAGUAUACUGCUAUACCCAGUCAAAUAGUAGUUGAAAUUAAUCUUCCUCUACUGUCAUCUACUAAAGAUUGCAUUUUAGAUGUUAAGGAGAAGUCAUUGAGUUUAUCUUGUGAAAUGCCAGCUAAAUACAAACUUGCGAUUACUCUUCCAUAUACAGUUAACGAUGAGAAUGGAAGUGCAAAGUUUGAUAAAACAAAACACAUGCUUAUUGUCACAUUACCUGUAGUCAGAGAAAAUCUAAAGAAAGAUAGUAGUAAAGCAGACAGUGGAGUUGAAAGUGAAGGAAAUUCAAGUUCCCAAAGUGAUGAUGAGCAGAGAGAUAACUUAGUUGAAGAACUGUCAUCUACUGUUGCAGAGACUUCUAUAAGUCCUCCUACUCAACAAUUAGAACACAAAUCAUCAGACGAAGUAUUUUUAGACCCUUGUUAUGGAUACAUUUUACCCUCGUACACACAUAAUGUGCUUGAUGAUAUUGUUGCUUUUACUUUCCAUGUUAAAAACACUGAGCCGGACUCUGUUAAAGUGAAGAGUGAAGGCAAUAAGGUUUACAUCAAAUUUACAACUGUAGGGUCAGGCUUUGUACCAGUUCAUUAUGCAGCACUUAUUGUAUUUGAUGAGGGAAUAAGAUUUGAGAAUGCUACUGGAGAACCAUGGGAUAACAAUGUUAUUUUACAAUUAGAAGCAUCAGGCAAUCUGCCUGAGAAAUUCCAAAUAGGUCUGAAUGAUGCUUCUCUAACCAGUGAAUACUUUGACAUGUCCCAAGUGAAAAAGUCUUCUAGUGACCAAUCAGCUUUAAGUCAGAAACUGCCUCAAGAUGAAAUUUCUUUACCUGUUGUUGAAGUAACCAAUUUUGGCUCCGAGACAAACAUAGUAGUGUCCUCAAAUGUUGAAAGUGAGGACAGUGAUGAUAUUGAAUCACCGAGAUCUCCUAAAGAGAGAGAAAUUGUGUGGGUGGACUCGGGAAUGAAUGAGACUGGAGCCAAGAGUAUACUUAGGAAACCAAUACACAUGAUGAGAAGCUUUUCUGAGUCUAGUGUGGGAGAUGUUGCUUCUUCAAUGGAUUAUGUCAGCUCUGAUUGUAUUCCUGAAGAAUCCAGCUUAAAAAAGACUGUUAGAUUCAAUGAUGUUAUUGCAAAGCAAUUUUAUAGGUAUAAUUCAUCUAUUGAGGGGCAGAAGAAAAAGAAUCAAAAGAAAAAGAGCAAAAAACGUACUCAAGAGAGACGCAAGAGUGAAAGUGAGGCAGAAGAUGAUUUCAACAACUCUACUCAGAUUCCAAAAUCGAAACCGAAGUCAGCUUUAAAACAGCGUCGCGACAGCGGUCUAGCAGACACUUCAGAUGUUGAAAGCGAGAGCCGCGGCACUCCCACCGGCAGAGACAUCCCCAGCGAAAGGAAGGACGACGGCAUCGACACCGACGCCUCCGAGGGCAGUGCCCCUUCGUCUGUAUUUGACAUUUACAACAAUAACAACUCGAGGAAACCAGAACCUGUUAUAUGGAAAUCUAAAGAUGAAGAAAACAAGUCAACAUCAGAGAAAGCAAAAGCCUCUGAACCCAAAACCUGUGAUAAUAUUAAACAUAACACUGAUCUCUAUGAUCCAGAUAAACUGAACAAAGGCCAAUACCAAGAAGUAAUGUUCAAAAACGAUCUCAUAUUUGACUUGGACAUGUGAAAGCUGUCAUGACUUACGUAUCCCUUAGGGAUUUGCACUGAAUACUAUACAAAUGUCUGAUGUCCCAGUUUCAUUUUAUUAACUUUAGUCUGCUGAUAGUAUUUUAGAUAUUAAUUUGGUAUUAAUCCCAGUUUUAAUUUAGUUCCUAUCUUACUGCGUGUAGCUAUUUUAGUUGUUUUACAAGUUUGCUGAGUUUAUGGCAAUGGUUCACAGUAACAUACAAGUAUGGUCAAUUACAAAAACAUUGAAUAGAAAAAGAUUAGCUUUACAAGUGUCGUAAAUUAUGAUAAUUAUAUAUGCAUUCAAAGUAUAGUACAAAAUGUUACAGUUUGUACGU